UUUACGGGGCCGGCGGUACGGGCAAGAUGACACAUAUCCUUAUUAAGUGGGUAGGCGAAGAUAAGUGGGAUGUUUAUCCCGUUAAAGCGUUAGACAACCCGGCCAUCGGUGUGCAGCUAAUGUCUGAGGAGGGAGCUAUAAAAAAAUUACGCAGGCAGGUCGUUGAUGUAAGAUGGAAGGUGGAUGAAGACCCGUCACCCGCCACGCUCUUAGAUUUCGGAAGUGAGGGAGCGAUGGAAGGCAAGCGCACGCAAAUGGCGAAGGGUGCGCCGGACGCCGGAGCCUCGACGGCAAAGUGUAGCUGUGAGGCUAAAAUAAAGGUUCUCGAAGAAGAGAAUGAGUUGCUCCGGGAGCGCCUCAGAGUCGCAGAAACUAACUGUGACUCUGCGAAGAUGGCCAAGAAGUUGGAAAGAAGCCUGCGCCACCUAAACCGCCUGUGGGCAAGAAACGAGGAGGUGUUGGAAAGCCCUAAGGUCGACAUCGGGUACGGCGUUCUCGUGGAGCAGGCGGCCUUAGCGGGCCUCAAGUCGGCAGGCGUUUCGGCAUCAAAAUACGUCAGGGGUCUCCUGAAGGUGGUGUUUUCGGAGGAGGAGCUGAAAGGCAAGAGCCUUCGGGGAAGGAAGUGCAAUGCGCAGAAGGAGAGUGAAGUGAAGCCGGCCCUCGAUCCAGUAAAACUCCAUGCUGUCCUCGACUACACCUGCAAGGAGUACAAGGGGGUCGCCCUCUUGACUCUCACCACGAGCCUUUCCACACUGUUGUGCAGGGACAUGAAAUACGCUACAGACACAAGCAUGCGGCGGGACCAACAAGGUGCAAUUUAA